UCAGGCAAACGGGGUCAAAGUGAUUUUGUAGAAACGUAUUCGUGCGAUGGAGGAUUUUAGCGAAUCAGACUAUUCUAGUGAAUCAGAGCAGUUCCCAAGGAUGAUUGCCAUACCCAUAUUCAGGGUCCGCUCAAGUUCCAGCACUCGCACGAGUUCUUUGGUGGAACUUUCAAUGGAGAGUUUCCACACCUCGAAUAAUUCUAGGGUAUUGGAGCGAACCCGCGGCACCAGGGCCGUCUCCUUAUUCCCGGACAGUUAUAGCACAGAAAGCGAAUCCACUGGGCCGUCCUCAGACGAGUCCGACUCGGACAGUUCAAGCAGCUCCAGUUCCCUCGAUAGCAGCGUAUUCCGCGAGCUGUCUACAAUGGGCUAUUCCAGCGACUCUGAGACGUCCAGCUUGAGUUCCAGUGACACCUCUUCUUCGUCCAGCAAUAGCUCCAGCCCGAGCUCGGACGAACCCCCGACUUCAAUGGGCAGACGUAGGCAAUAUGUACCAGCGCCGAAUGAGCAGGGUUCUGAUUCUGGCGGGAGUCUUCCUCCGAGCAAACGGACCAGAUCCGAUGCCGGGGAGGCCUACAACUGCCCUGUGUGCCUGGAGGACGUCCGAGAGAGGGAACCAGUGUCCACUAAUUGUGGCCACGUCUUCUGCAAAAAAUGCAUUGAGCGAGCUAUCGCCAAUGGGAGGAUGUGCCCAUUGUGCGGAGUUGAACCUGAAUUUCAUCGAAUCUUCUUGUAAGACGUGGUGUGGCAGAAUGCAUACUUCGUUUUAUUCCAUAAUACGGUUCUAAGAAUUUCGGGCUUAACACGUUUUAACGUGUGGCACGUACUUUUGAGAAUCGUAAUACUUUCGAAUUUGCUAAAACUAUAAUCACCUGAUAGACACAUGAAAACCCCAAUGCACUAUUAUAACAAAAAGAAAACUUAUAGAAGGCAGCAUCCUCCAGGCAUACAAUGCAAUCGAAAGCUAAAACUCGAAUACAAGAAGGCGGACAACUUUGCCCAUAAAACAUGGCACAAGGACACACUCAUACUCGUAAGGAAACCCAGAGAAAUGGAGUGGGGUGGACCAGGGCAAAGCAAUGAAAAUUCCGACCUACCGCAAUAAAUUCCGCGAGAAAAACAAAGCAUGCGUUGUCGAAAUGAGAGUGAAAUGGCCAGCUCACACACCGCACACACAUGAAUUUAGAGGAACUGGAUUCACCACCUUAGACACGGC